AUGGCCAAGGCCGCCGUCCAAUCCGAUGCGGAUAGCCUAGUAAAACAUCCUACCCUCCGGCGUAGCACGAGGAAUGCUACUAAGAAAGGCGGAGACAAACCAAUCAAACGAGAAGAUCUACCUGCGAGCGUUGCAACGUCUGUACCGGCCCGGCAAAGGAAGAGAGCUAGGUCGGAAGACGAGAAUGAAGACGAGAAUGAAGAUGAAGAUGAAGAUGAAGAUGAGGAUGAAGCUAAGCCCUUGACCAAGUCGGCGAAAAAGAGGAAGACUACAUCGCCUUUAUCCAAUUUUACUACACGGGUCAAGGCCGAAUCGCCUAGCCCGGGAAAAGAGGUCGCAAAUGGAAGAAAGAAAGGAAAAAGUCAAGAGAGCAAGGGAGAUAAAACAAAGGGAGAUAAAACAGCGGAUCUCCGCGCGAAGAAAUUAAAAUCCUACGCGCAAUUCGCCAAUAAGUCGCCAUACCCAGACUUCCCGCGGCCAACGCCAGAGGAGUGUCAACUCGCCUACGAUGUUCUUGCAAAGGUGCACGGGGAGCGGGAGCGGCCCGAGAAGGUAGUAAGCGCGCCAGCCGAUAGGGCCGGCUGCGGCGAUGCGCCAUCGGUUCUCGAUGCCCUGGUGCGCACUAUCCUGUCGCAGAACACAAGCAACAAGAAUAGUACGCGCGCUAAGCUAGACAUGGACGAGGUAUACGGCAGCGGGGAUUCCGAGGAGCGCUGGGCUGCGAUCGCAGCGGGCGGUCCCGCGAAACUCGAAAAGGCCAUUGCUAGAGGCGGCUUAGGGGGCGUUAAGAGUCGCGUCAUUGUGGAGAUUCUAAACCAGGUUAAGGAACGCUAUGGGAAGUACUCGCUAGACCAUCUGCUCCGGCUCGAGGCUGGGGGAGAUGAUGAGGAGGCUAUGCGCGAACUUAUCUCGUUCCGCGGCGUAGGGCCUAAGACUGCCAGUUGCGUGCUACUGUUCUGCGUGGGGCGCGCCAGCUUCGCCGUCGACACGCACGUUCAUCGACUUACGGGUAUGAUGGGGUGGCGACCUGCGGCGGCGUCUCGCGACGAGGCUUUUGCGCAUCUCGAUGCGAGAGUGCCUGACGCGCUCAAGUACGGCUUACAUGUUCUGCUUAUCGAACACGGACGCGCGUGUCCCGAGUGUAAGGCUGGCGGGAAGAGUUUGGGCCGGUGCGAGCUUAGAAGGGCGUUUAGACGUAGGGGUGGCGAUGAAAUUCAGGAGGAGGAGGAGGGAAAGGUCCGGGUUAAGAACGGUGUUAGCGACGAUGAUAAAAACGAGACGAAGAUGAGUACCUAA